UAUUAUCAACAUAUUAUUGUGCAUAUUAUAAUAUUGUUAAAUUACUUAAAACAUAAUAUAUAAAUAUAAAACAAUCAUAUUUUAAUAUUAAUAUUUAAUAAUCAAUCCGAAUAAUAAUAUAUCUUAAACGAUUUUUAUUCCUUUAUGCAGACAUCAGGUGCUUGUUUAUUUUUAUUUAUUUAAUUUUUUAUGUCUACUUCAAUGUCUGUCACUAAGUCUUAUACAAAUCGCUUAAAAAGUGAUGUGAAAUGUAUGCUGGAAAAUUUUGAAGGUAUUGUAAAACUGUGCAAGACUGAUGAUGAUCAAACACAAAUUUCUAAAGCUACUAGAAGCGAAUUGAUCGCAUUUGAAAUGGAAGUCAGAGCAGCCAAUAUUGUCCGUGCAGGGGAAUCACUUUUGAAACUCGUUUCAGAUAUGAAACAGUAUCUUAUAUUGAAUGACUUUCCAUCAGUCAAUGAAGCUAUUGCUCAAAAUUCAAAACUUUUUCGCACUAAACAAGUAGAAUGUGAUCGCAAACUCACAAGUCUAGUUGAUGAUAUGUCAACAGAAUUGUAUGAACUUGAAGAAGAAUAUUAUACAUCAAAUUAUAAAUAAAGAAUUGCAAUAAUGAAAUUAAUAAAUGGAAUUCUACAGUCAACAUUUUUGAAAUAAAUCAAAUGAAACUAAGUACUUAAUGCUGAACAUUGGUUUUGUAAAAGCAAAUAAAAACUACUCAGUGAAUAAAAAAUAUUAUUAACAUACCAAAAUACUUGUAUUGUAGUUUAGAAUUUAUCAAAACAAUUUAAAGUUAUUAAAUUCUUGUAAUAUUUUCAUGAAUGUCUUAUAAAAGAAUUUUAUAUUAUUUUAUUAUUAUUAAAUUAUGUAUAUUGAUUAUGCUCUCAUAAUGUUUGUCAUAAAAUAUUUUUCAAUAUGAUUCAAUUAUUGAAAACAUUUAAGUGUAAUUUAUUCAUAUUUUUUAUUGUAUUACUUAUUUAAAACAAAUAAUUAUUGUUUUAAUGUUUUAUAUUUACUGAUAAGAUAAAUCUUUAAAGCUAUUUUAUUUAACAAUUUAAUACAAUUAUUAUUUAAUUCCAAUAAAAUAAUUUGAAAUUAAA